AUGGUGUUCGCCGACGUUGGCAGGCGUUCACCUGAACGAAGGGGAAGGAGCUCUAGCGUGGUCAGUGGUGUAAGCAAUCGGUCAAGACACAACAGCAACGCUCGAACUGCUACUGCUCAGCCACCUUCACCAGAGACGCAGCCCGUGGCGCCGAGCGUGACUUUACUAGCGGACGAGAAGCCUGUUGCAAGUGGGAAUGGCGUGUCUGUCUCCAUUGCACUGGCAGAGCCAGUUCUUUUCCUACAAGGUUACGAUGCCAAUGAUCCCUCCACGCACAGUACCACCAUGCUUCGCGGAAGUCUACUGUUGAGAGUACAGAAGCAGGCGAAGCUCAAGUCGAUAUCUCUGAACUUCCGGGGCAAAUCAGAAACGGAAUGGCCUGAAGGCAUCCCGCCGAAGCGCGUCGAGUUCCGGGAUACCACCACGAUCAUGAACCAUACUUGGUCCUUUUUCAACGCCCAGUUUCCCCAGGCUGAGUAUAGCUACGGUGCCGAUCUCGUCCAACUCUCCAAAGGCCCAUCCGUCGAGGCCAAGGAACUCGGUGUCACGGCCUCAUCCUUUGAUCUCUUUCAGCGCAGUGCAUCUCCAGCCAAGAGCCACACAUCGACCCGCGAGCUAAAGAGAUUAUCGUUACAGGCAAAUCACUCGCGGAGCUUCGGUAAAGGCGACACGAUCAAUGGUGGUCCUACCGUUGCUCAGAGAGGCUUCAAAGUGUUCCAUCCAGGCGACUACGUGUACAAUUUCGAGCUGCCCCUUGACUCGAGGUUGCCCGAAUCGAUCAGUGUCGAUCUCGGCCAUGUCAAGUAUGAGCUCGAAGCUCUGGUUGAGCGUUCUGGCGCAUUCCGUGCCAACCUAGUGGGCACGAAAGAGCUGACCUUGAUCCGAGCCCCCGCCGAGGGCUCCCUAGAACAAGUCGAACCUAUCGCGAUUUCAAGAAAUUGGGAAGAUCAGCUACACUAUGACAUUGUGAUUUCUGGAAAAUCGUUCCCACUGGGCUCAACAGUGCCUAUUGCAUUCAAGCUGACACCUUUGGCCAAGGUUCAAUGCCACAGGAUCAAGGUGUUUGUGACCGAGAACAUACAAUAUUUUACGAACAACAAGAAGGUGCACAGGCUUGAACCGACCAGGAAAGUGCAGCUCUUCGAGAAGCGGGCCGACGGACACAGUGUGACUUCCUACCCAGGGAGCUCCAUGCGCAUUCUGGCUGGUGGUGGUGUUCCUUACGACUAUCGACAGCAGGCCGCGGCAGGAGAUGAGGACAUCCCCAGGGAUCAGACCAACUUGCUCGGAAACCUCGACAAUGAUGCUGGAAGCAUUGGUCCCACGGAAAUGGAAUUCAAUGUCCAACUUCCCAGCUGUCAUCAGAUGAAAGACAAGUUGAGAAGUGAGAGACUGCAUUUUGACACGACAUAUUCCAACAUUCAGGUGAAUCAUUGGAUCAAGAUUGUGAUGCGGCUGUCUCGACCGGACGAGAAUGAUUCUGGAAAGCGACGUCACUUUGAGAUCUCGAUUGAUUCACCCUUCAACAUCCUUUCUUGCCGUGCGACACAAGCAAACAUCUCACUGCCAGCCUACAGCGCCGGCGAUGGUGUCCCGUCGUCGACCGAUGAGUUUGAGUGCGGUUGUCCUGGUGCCGCACUUCGACGACGGAACACUCCCCCCGUAUCGCAAAAUCGAAUUCAAACUGUCAACGCGUCAGCAGAUGGACCAACCCCAGGUGUGAGCAGGAGUUGGACCAACGACACAGGAGGGUUGGCGAUGCCUACGCAAGCCCAUGUGCAUAAUGACCCCAACUCAGGGCAAUCGAGACCGAUGCAUUUGUUAAGAGCACCGUCUUUCAACCCACCGGCAUUCGAUGAUGAUGAAGCGCCACCACCAUUGGUUACACCACCUCCACUGUACGAUAAUAUUGUGUCAGGCGAUUCGACGAGUGCACUAGCAGAUUAUUUUGCUCGCCUGGCGGACGAAACAUCCGAUGAGGACGAUCGGCUGGAUCGAUCACGUGUUGAUCACCCUCUUACUCCAGGAGGUCGCGUCAACAGGUCAAUGGAUAUCCCUCGGAACUGGCUUCCGCUUGAUGGAACAUCCCAUUCGACUCCAGCUCCUUCAGGCUUGGCCACGUCGGCCUCGGUAGCUCAUUGA